CAUUUUACACUCUGUCAGCUUUUUCCUUCUUCUUGUUGUUAUUAUUCUUUUUAUUUUCUUCUUUCUUUUCUGUGUUCAUUCAUUGAACCUCUUUCAACAAUUCUUCUAUUCUUCGGAUAUCGCCUUUCUGAUGCUUACCCAUUUUAGUUUCCUCCGAAAAGUUUCGAACUUUUUAUAGUUGGGUUGGUUUUGUGCAACUCUUCGUACACCGAAUUCUUUGCUUAUUUGAGAAAACAGUGGACUUAUUUUUUUCCCUUUCUUGAAGAGGGUUUUUACCCGUUUUGCUUGGGAGCUGAGAUUGAUUUGGGGUCACAUCCAUGUAUUUGUUCUUGGUUUUGCUUUGACGAGCAGGAAUCAAGCUUUUCUUUAUAACGUCUCGGGAUCAGUGUUAUAUAUUGGAUGUGUAGUAUGUGCCAUUAUUGUGGUGCUGGUUUGAUGGGAUCAAAUGUUGAUGAGAAGAAACAGGAUCAUGAGAGUAGUUUGAAGUUGAAUAGUAAAGUUCCCACAAAGCCUUGUAAGUUUUGUGGGGAGAAGCUAGAGCGCGAAAAUAUGAAAUUGAAUGGUACAAGUCCUUUUGCGACUCCACACAUUAGUCCAACUUCAUCCUUGUCAAGUAGUGGUAGCUGUGUCUCCACCUGCAGUGAUUUUUCUGUUGAUGUGAACUCAUUCGACAGGAUGAGUCGAGAAGAAAGUACAGUAAGCGGUGCUAGAGAAGAUCUUCAUAAGUUGAACGGGGAAUUGCAAAAAGGGAUGGAAAACAAUUCCCAAGAAAGCAGUAAUGACAAUGAGGGUUACAUAGUGAGAAAUGUGGAGAUUGAGCAAGGCCAUAACUGUCAAGAACCAAAACUUGAUGGUUCUGAAAACCCUGACGCAUCCUCUGCUGAAGAGAUCGAAUAUUCUCUUCCUAAUGACUUGGAUAUCCAAACCUGGGAACCACCUGAGCCAGAAAAUCCAGAGGAUGAUAUGGACAACAGUGUGACUUAUAAUGAUGAAGAUGAAGACGAGGAUAACUGGGGUGAUCCUACUACCUCUAUAUUUAGUUCCAAGGAUGAAGUAAGUGGAUGCAAUAGGUUCAAAGAGGAAAAACAGAGAGCAAUGGAAGAAGUAAUGAAUGGAAAAUUCAAGGCACUUGUGGGCCAGCUUCUUAAAUCUGUUGGAGUUCCCUCUUCUGAUGAAGGUGAUAAGAGUUGGGUGGACAUAGUAACAUCUUUAUCCUGGGAAGCUGCUGCUUUUUUGAAGGCUGAUGCUAUUGGAAUUAAUACAAUGGAUCCUGAUGGAUAUGUCAAAGUAAAAUGCAUUGCAGCUGGUUCCCGCAGCCAAAGUCAGCUCGUGAGAGGUUCUGUCUUCAAGAAACAUGCUGCUCACAAGCACAUGCCAACUAAAUACAAACAUCCAAGGUUGUUACUGAUUAGUGGCAUGCUUGGUCAUAGUGGACUGUCCUCAUUUGAUUCCAUGCACCAGGAGAAAGACUAUCUGAAGUCCAAGAUGGAUCUUAUAGAAAUGUGCCAUCCAAAUGUUAUAUUAGUUGAGAAGACAGUUUCUCGAGAUAUACAAGAGUCAAUUUUGGCAAAGGGGAUGACACUAGUUCUUGAUAUGAAGCUUCAUCGCCUGGAAAGGGUUGCACGUUGUACUGGCUCACCAAUUCUAACAUGUGAUAAUUUGAAUGGUCAAAAGCUGAAACACUGUGACUUUAUUUACUUUGAGAAGUUUGUGGAGGAACAUGCUGGUACGGUUGAAGGAGGAAAGCGGCCAACCAAGACUUUGAUGUUCAUUGAGGGCUGUCCUACCCGUUUGGGAUGCACGAUUUUGCUGAAAGGAGCACCUAGUGAUGAACUGAAAAGGGUCAAAUGCAUUGUGCGGUGUGCUGUUGUCAUGGCAUAUCACUUAAUCCUUGAAACCUCCUUUCUUGUUGAUCAGAAAGCAAUGUUUUCUACCAUUCCUUCUUUGAAUGAAGCAGGAAUCUUGCCAAUCAAUCAACAAUCCCUUGAUUCUGCAUCAGUUGAUACAAGCAUUCCAUUUGUUGAGUAUUCUGCUGAAAAUGGAAUAAUUAGUACUGAUGUUCCAAUUUCCAAUGGACUUCAUGAAAAAAUUGCAAAUAGUUCCGUACAACAAGAGUUUUUCCCAUUUUCUUGUGAACCAUAUAAUCCAGCCGUCUUUUCUGGGUUCUCAGCCAUUUCAUCUUCUCUGAAGAAAGUUAUGGGGGAUAGUUUUCAGUUUACAUCUUCUGCUCCUUAUCAGUCUCUCUCAGAAUAUUUUGGCUUCAAUGGAAGGAAACCUGAUGAUCAGGUAAGCGUAUCAAUUUCUGGUUUAGACUCUCCAGAGGCAGAUGGCAGUACCAAGACCGAAGCAAAUAGCAAUUCUGAUGAUGAGAAGUUACUUAAUGGUGGACAAUCCCUGUCCUCUGCCGCGUACUUAAACUCCAAUGGAGACAAAAUUAAAGAUGGUGAUAUUGAUGGAAAUAAAAUCCAAAAUAAAGAUGAAAUCAAUGCAAUGCUGGAUUCACAGAGUAUUUUGGUCUUGAUGUCUAGCCGGAAUGCCUUAAGAGGGACUGUCUGCCAGCAAAGUCAUUUUUCUCAUAUCAUGUUCUACAAGAAUUUUGAUGUUCCCCUUGGAAAGUUUCUGAAGGAUAACCUACUUAAUCAGACAAGACUUUGUGACACCUGUCAAGAAUUACCAGAAGCUCACUUGUAUUAUUAUGCUCAUCACAAUAAACAACUUACAAUACAAGUUAAACGAUUGUCUGAGGAAAAGUUCUUGCCUGGGGAGGAAGAAGGGAAGCUUUGGAUGUGGAGCCGUUGUGGAAAAUGCAAGGCCCGCUUCACAAAGCGAGUGUUGAUAUCUGCAACCGCACGUAGUCUAUCAUUUGGAAAGUUUUUGGAGCUUAGCCUUUCUCACUAUUCUACUUCUAGCGGAAAAUUGAGCUGUGGCCAUUCUCUUGACAGGGAUUUUCUCUACUUCUUUGGAUUAGGUCAUAUGGUUGCAAUGUUCAGAUAUUCUUCUGUCAUGACUUAUAACGUUGCCAUGCCACCUCAAAAGCUAGAGUUAAGUGGUUCAAUAAAACAAGAGAGGCUUUCGAAGGAGAUUGAGAAUGUGUACAUGAAAGGCAUAUCACUCUUUAUGGAAGUUGCACACCUUUUGAAGACAAUAAGUUCUAAUGGAUCAACAUUGAAUCUUGGAGGAUCAAUGAGAGAGUUCACUGAGGUUGAGAUGAUGUUAAAGCGAGAGCAAGAAGAGUUUGAGGUAAAUAUCAAGAAUGCUGUUGCUAAGAAGGGGGAUCUUGAUCGGGCUGCGUACAAACUUCUCUGUCUAAACCGAUUGAUGUGGGAUCUUUUGAUUGAAGCCUAUGUUUGGGAUCGACGACUGAACUCACUUCUCUCCCCUGAUCAUCUAAAAACUGAGUCUGAUGUCUCUGAGAAAGUUAUGCAAGAAUGUGGGUCUACGGAAGGUGGCAAUAUAAAUGGGAUGCGAGACACAUCUGUGGAAGUGAAUGAAAUCCCUAUAAAGGAAAUUCCGAUAAGUGGACCUCCUCUAGAAUGCAAUGAACAGGAUGAUCUAUCUAAUGCAUCUAAUGUCCCACUAAAUGUGUCGAUGCCAAUUAUUAGUGAUUUUAGGUCAGAGAGACCCUCUGACCGAAAGUUGAAAUUGAAUGUAGAUGUUCCCACUCGGUUCCCUUUAUCAGAUAGCAGUCUCUAUGAAACAGACUCUGCUAUGUCAAAUCAUCUCCAAGUGCAUGAAAAUUCUCCAGAUUCCACAGAUAAUACACAAAUUAGUCAUCCAGCUGCUGAUACGAGGAUAUCAAACAAGGAUGAUUCACAGCAUUCACCUGUUACCAUCUCGCCGGAUUCAAAUGAAUGGUUCUGGAGGCCAUUUGCCGACAUUCGGCAGAUUGGCAUAAGGGACUUCCAGAAAAGAUUCUUGCCAAGAUUUGAACCAGUAAGCAGCUCUAUCAUAGAAAAUUUACCGACAGCAAAUCAACUAAUCGCUGAUGAAGGCACAAGGUUGCACAUCCCCCUUAGGACAGAUAAUUUUAUUGUAUCUGACUAUGAGGGUGAACCCUCAAGUAUAAUUGCUUGUGCUCUGGCCUUUCUGAAAGAUCCAUCGGUGGUGACAGAAGUUGAUGAUGGGGAUGAUGGUUUGCCUAGUUCAUUCCAUGGAGCCUUACCCUCUCCACAGACAUUUUCAAGAAGUUCUUCAGAUGCAGAUUCUGUGCACUCUUCAGGAAGCACUUCUUCGGAAGAGUCAAGAACUUCUCAUGCUCCAGAAAACCAUAGCAUAGAGAUCGCAAUGGGAUAUGCAAAAUCACUAGGGAGGGAAAAAUAUUCAGUGAUCUGUCAUUACGUUAACCAGUUCCGUGAACUUAGGAGUAGAUGUUGCCUAUCUGAGCUUGAUUAUAUUGCUUCUUUAAGCCGCUGUAGGAAUUGGGAUGCUAAAGGUGGGAAAAGCAAAUCCUUUUUCGCAAAGACACUUGAUGACAGGUUCAUCAUAAAGGAAAUCAAGAAGACAGAGCUUGAUUCAUUUUUGGGUUUUUCUUCUGUGUAUUUCAAAUACAUGAGGGAGUCAUUUGAGUCUGGGAGCCAAACAUGUCUCGCAAAGGUCAUGGGGAUAUAUCAGGUUACUAAAAGAAACGUAAAAACUGGAAAAGAAGUUAAGCAUGACCUCAUGGUGAUGGAAAAUCUUACCUACAAUUGCAAUAUUACUCGCCAGUAUGAUCUUAAAGGUGCUCUUUAUGCCCGGUUCAAUACUGCUACUGAUGGUGCUGGAGAUGUUCUUUUGGAUCAGAACUUUGUGAAUGACAUGAACUCUUCUCCACUGUAUGUCAGUCAUAAAGCGAAGCGUUUUCUUCAAAGGGCUGUUUGGAAUGACACAACUUUUCUCAAUUCUGUCAACGUGAUGGAUUAUUCCUUACUAGUUGGAGUGGAUUCCCAGAAGCGCGUGCUUGUUUGCGGCAUCAUCGAUUAUCUCAGGCAGUAUACCUGGGACAAGCAUCUCGAGACAUGGAUGAAAUCCUCGCUCGUUGUGCCGAAGAAUGUGUUGCCAACCGUAAUAUCUCCAAGGGAAUACAAGAAGAGGUUCAGAAAAUUCAUGUCUACCCAUUUUUUGAGUGUUCCAGAUCACUGGUGUUCUCAGAAAUUACUAAGUCCUUGCAAACUUUGUGGCUCAGGAGAAGAUGAUCCUCCCCAACAAGGAAAUUAGAACAAGGGUGAAAAAUGUUUUUUUUUUUAAUUUUUUUUUCUACCCCAAAAUCUUUUGAUUCAAUUUCUCAAGAAUUCAUAUACAAGUUGAGAGUUUAUGUGUUUUUUUUAAUGCCAGUAGCUGUAUAUAGGAAGCCAAAUAUUGUUCAUAUAAACUUAGCCCUGAUAUUCAACAUUUUUUAGAGAAUUUCUAGGGAUUAUGUUAUCAUGCUAUGGGUCCAUCAUGCUCAGCAUGAGAUAAGAGUAUAUUUUUGUAAAGCCUAAGGAAAAAUGUAAAGGUUUACUUUGAGUCAAUGAAAAAAGUGCAGUUGCCAGCA